AUGUCCGAUUUGACCAAAGAUUUAUUAACGCAAUACUACGGGAUCGGCUCCGGAACCAGUGGUAAAAAACUCCUGUCGAUCCAUCAGAGCGUUGAAAACGUGAAGAAUGAAGAGGAGAGACAAGUUACUGAUCAAACUUCCUCACUCGCGAAUGAAGAAAAUGUAUCCGACGUGGAAUCUCAGAAGGAAAAUGAAGAUAAUCGAAAAUUUAGUACUGCCAGCGAGUCGUAUUCAUUACCUCAGCGAAUUGUAGACAGUAUAGAAAACGUAUAUGACACUGAUGAAGUUUUCGAUCUGUUUGAGAUUGAUUUUGGACCAAAUAUAAUGUGUAAUGACAUUGGGAAUGGCCCACCUCAAAAUACGCCGCACGAUGGAUUACCAAACCAUGUUACAUCGGAUUAUAUCAAAGCUGACGCCGAAGACUCAGAGAUUGAAACAAGCGAUCGGGGAGAUUCAAACGAAAAUGAUUUAACUCUGUCAUACGUCGAAGAUCAUCGGGGACAUUCGGGCAACGUUGCGGAAGUUUAUUCCGCAAAAUUAAAAUCGCCGACAUCACCGGAAGAUAAUCCAAAUUCGCCAGCGUCGAUACAGAAAAGGGAACCCGUCUACAACGAGGCAUUUGUAGACUUUUCUAACACAGACUUAAAUCAGUUUCCCUGUGAAAUAUUGUACAACUUUUCACAAUUAAGGGUAUCUUACUUUGUCAAGUAA